AUGGAAGCUAACCGCAAGUCAGCAAAGAAAUGGAAUAGUAAACAUAUGUCGAUUCGUACACCGGAGUAUCGACAAAGCAAUAGUAGUGAUGAUGCAAGAGGUCAUGAUCAACAACUACAUCAAACACAAGAAACUUGUGGGCUUAUUAAAGGAGUCCAUUACAUGCCUUUGUAUCGUCGUGAUUCUGAAAAUCCCAAUACUAGUAACGAUAGCAACUGUGCUCAAAACAAUUCAGUUUUUCAGAAGCGUAGUAGCGCGAGUUACCACGGUCGCAAUAUUAGGACAUCAAACAAUAUCUCCAACGUUAAAGUAAGCAUAUCUGAUCAGCAUCCUCAUCCCCAUAGCUUUUUUCAAGGGAAGCCCAUUCUUCCACAACCUCGUAGCGCUCAGCUGAGGACGGCCUCUCUACGGGACGAUGAAGUACAUAGCUACAUUCCAUCGCCACACCAUUCUUCUUUCAAAGCAGCAUCCAGUUCUCUUCUCGAAUGCCACAUGCAUGAUCGCCCCGUUCAAUGGCAUUCUCAAAUAAUAAGUGACAGCAAUAAUCCAAGUAACACUUGUUUUCGAUGUAAUUGCUUAAGGGAAUCAGAAAAACUUGAUAGAACACCUUUGGAGGACUUUCCCAGCCUCACAUCCGAUGCUAGCGUAGUAUUCUUUGCCCAAGAAGCGCGAAAUUCUAGUUUAUGUGCGGACAACAGCGAGUUGAAUUUAAGGAGUACGGUGGAUUCACCUUUCAUUGCUGGCGCAUAUUCACUAGUGUCUGAAGUGAACAGUGUCUCUGGUGGGUUUGGCAAUAUAUCCUCUGCCAUGCCUGCAUCUAAGGGCAUUCAACUCCCUCCCCCGCCGCCUGAUUGCAACUUGCACCUUGAAAGCCGACCGCUUUUGUCAUCUGUCAAUAUCCUUGCCAACAAUGGUAUUCCACUCGCAAUAAACUUAGCGAGAUCAGACUUGCAUCACAUGAGUAAGCAGAGCUCAUCAUCACUGUUGCUACCAGAAGGCUUAACGAAUCUUGAGGAUAUCAAGAGUGGACAAAGUAACAAUAUUUCUAUAUUUAAAACAUCAUAUAAGCCAGAUGAGGUUCAUCAUACGUCACCUGCAUCCAACAAAACUGUAGAUGACUAUGACAAGCUGCAGGCAAAACUUAUUCUUGCUGAUUUAGAUGAUAACGAUAGCGACUACGGCAGUAACGACGGACUAAACCAAGGCGCCGAGUCGAUAAAUAUCUCAACAGAAUCGUUAAAAACUUCCCUGAUUGGUACUAAUGACUGUUUUGGAGGGGCAGACGAUGAGUUUACGAAGACAUAUUCUAAUAUGUCAAGUACAUUAAAAAGAACUAAUACUCCUUUCAAUAGCCAAUCCACAUGCCAAUCGACAACACCGGAUGCUAUCAAGAGUGCUAUGACACCUGCCAUGGGUUUACUUGCUUUGGACAGAAGUACUACUGCACUCUUUUUGCAACUCACUGGUGAAGGCGAAGAUAACGAAAGAGGGGUGCGUGGUUCAUUGUACACUAGUUCUUCCAGUGCUGUGCCUCAAGUUUCCGGCAACAUCUAUGAUGACGAUCCCAGAAAUGGUCAUGCAAAGGAUGAAAAAACCCUAUUUUCAGAUCUCUUCUCGGAGUUAACGGAGUCUCGUGCGCGCAUGAUACCAACUGAUAUCAAAUAUAAAGGAGUCACUGAAACAAGGUGCACCUUAUCAGCUGACGGGGUUCAUAUUGACAUCUCCAGCGGACCAGUCUUGCAACAGCCCAAGAGUCCAAUGAAGGCUUUUUGUCUCGACAGUGAAAUCAACCCAGUAAUGACAGAUAUGUUAAUGGGCACGAGGACUACAGACCCUGAAGAUUGUAUCGAUACAUCGAAGCAGGUGAGACCACAGGCUAUCAAAGGAGCCUCUGUGCCACCGCUUUCAGUGAAUAAUUCAGCUAAUUUUGGCCACACAAAGCUCACCAGCGCGGGAACUUUACUGCCCGUUUGGAAGAAUGCAUUCAUGCCGGUGCCCGGAAGAUCCCCGCUGUACAAGACUACUGCCGUAAAGGUGCAACGGCCCCCAUUGGAGGCUCCAUUGGUUACCCAUCGGGCACUUGCUUGUUUAUUUCGGGAAACUCCGCAAUCGAUGCACCUUCGUGGAAAGAUAUUGGAAAAACGUCUUAAAGUUAGACCCCUUGUUCACAGUGAGGGUUGGCCACCUGAGACGGGAAUCGAUGUUGAGAAGCUCCUUAAGCAGCAUAAGGCUAUUAAGUUACUACGACACCUUUCCAUAAUCAGUUUCUCUAGACAGCAUAUAAAAGGUGUUCAGGAGCUCUUUAAUAUGUGGGCUCAACACGGUAUUCCUGCUCCGGACAUGGCAUUUGGCGCUUACUAUUACUAUGUCAAAGAAAAGUCUGAAAAGCUGUUGUGCAUGAAGCAUAAUGGACGUGGAGCAACCCCUGGCCACGGCUAUGGCAAGUGUGACUUUGAAAGUCGAAGGCCUAACAACACUUGUCGUUACGAUCAUGUAUGUCUUUUCUGUCGCUCGAGGGACCACGGUUGGUUUGAAGGAGAUCAAUGCGAAGGUUACCAAGCAUUGCUUUCAGAAAUUGAAGCACUUGGUGUGCUUGAGGAGGAUGCCAACAUAAUGCUAGAAGCAAUGGAAAGGGCAUCCCCAUCGCCGUAG